GGUUUAUCGCGGCCUUCCCACACCUUCGCGUUGUACCACCACGGGGCUAGAGGGGCCGGGGAGCGCAUCCCGCCCCCGCCCCCACCCACGCCGCCCCCUCCGCCGCCGCCACUGCCGCUCCUCACACACUGCGAAUCACUGGCCUCACUACCUGAGGUCGGGGCGGUGCGGGUGCGGGUGCGCGCGCGCGCGCGCGCCGACCACCGGCGCGUUCUAACCCGCGCGCCUGCCUUCCCGGGCUUCGUCGGCGCGCACCGAUUUCCGCAUCCGGCUCCGGACGCUUCCGGUCUUAGCUGGACUCAUCUGGGAGGGUAUACUACAGACCUCCACAUGUUGGACAGUAGGAUUCAGCAGAGAAUGAGUCCCACAUCCUCUUUUCAUCCAUAAGCCACUCUUCCCAACUACUCUUCCGCCUUCCAUUGUCCCUAUGUCUACUUUACUGCUCAAUCUGGAUUUUGGGGAACCUCCUCCCAAAAAGGCAUUAGAAGGAAAUGCCAAGCACCGAAAUUUUGUCAAGAAGCGGAGGCUUUUAGAGCGGAGAGGCUUUCUGAGUAAAAAGAACCAACCCCCUAGCAAGGCGCCUAAGUUGCACUCUGAACCUCCAAAGAAAGGGGAAACUGCUACGGUGGAUGGCACUUGGAAGACCCCUUCCUUCCCAAAAAAGAAGAAGACAGCUGCCUCCAGCAAUGGGUCAGGACAGCCCCUGGACAAGAAAGCUGCAGUGUCUUGGUUGACCCCUGCCCCUUCAAAAAAGGCUGAUUCUGUUGCUGCUAAAGUAGAUUUGCUGGGGGAGUUCCAGAGUGCCUUUCCAAAGAUCGAUAGCCACCCAACCCGCUCUCAGAAGAAGAGCUCCCAGAAGAAAUCCUCUAAAAAGAACCGUCCUCAGAAGAAUGCCCCACAGAACUCCACCCAAGCUCAUUCAGAGAAUAAAUGCUCCGGAGCAUCCCAGAAGUUGCCACAGAAGAUGGUGGCAAUUGACUGUGAGAUGGUGGGCACAGGACCAAAGGGGCAUGUUAGUUCCUUGGCUCGAUGUAGCAUUGUCAACUACAACGGAGAUGUGCUUUAUGACGAGUACAUUCUUCCCCCCUGCCACAUUGUGGACUACCGAACCAGGUGGAGUGGUAUCCGGAAGCAGCACAUGGUGAAUGCCACACCCUUCAAGAUUGCUCGAGGCCAGAUCUUGAAGAUACUCGCAGGGAAGAUAGUGGUGGGGCAUGCCAUCCACAACGACUUCAAAGCCCUUCAGUACUUUCACCCCAAGUCCCUCACCCGUGACACCUCCCAUAUCCCCCCCCUCAACCGGAAGGCUGACUGCCCGGAGAAUGCCACCAUGUCUCUGAAGCAUCUCACCAAGAAGCUGCUAAACCGGGAUAUCCAGGUUGGGAAGAGCGGACAUUCCUCUGUGGAAGAUGCCCAGGCCACCAUGGAGCUGUACAAGUUGGUUGAAGUCGAGUGGGAAGAGCACCUAGCCCGGAAUCCCCCUACAGACUAGUGGCAGUGGGGAUGCUGGUGAUACGGGGAGGCAAAGGCAGCGCCCAGAGAAACAGCACAGUGGACCAAUGGACAGCUCCACCAGCUCCACAUCUUUGGAAGCUAGAUUUCUGGGGAGAGAGAAGCUCUACCCCAGACUUAAUACCCAUUGAAAUUUCACCUCAGGUGUUGUGUCCUGUGUCUGGUUAAGUGUCCCAUGGAAGGGGGAAGCCUUCACAUCAGAACCCAGCCCUAUACCGUUUACUUCUUAAAUGGUGCUAACCACAGGUGUCCCAGGGUGCUCUGUGCCAGUUAAGAUUUUUAACUUUCAAGGGGCAGGGCAUACUGGGAAAUGUAGUUUCCCAAACUGCCUUAUCACUUGGGUGGACAUAUGUCUCCUUUUAUGCCUUUUGGUUGAGUAAUUAACAGCAUCCUCUUCCACGCUCAGAAGUGUUCUGGUUGGGGCCAGGCAUGGUGGCUCACACCUGUAAUCCCAACACUUAGGGAGGCCGAGGCGGGCAGAUCACGAGGUCAGGAGAUUGAGACCAUCCUGGCUAACAUGGUGAAACCCCGUCUCUACUAAAAAUACAAAAAAUUAGCCGGGUGUGGUGGCAGGCACCUGUAGUUCCAGCUACUCAGGAGGCUGAGGCAGGAGAAUGGCGUGAACCCAGGAGGCGGAGCUUGCAGUGAGCCGAGACUGCGCCACUGCACUCCAGCCUGGACUGGAGACUCCGUCUCAAAAAAAAAAAAAAAAAAAAAAAAAUUGUGUGGUCCCUUUCCAUGUCACAGACUCUGCUUUUGGCUCAGAGUCUAUAUCUAGCCUGUGUCAGGAUAUUGCCUGUUCUUCCCACCUUGACUUCCAGAGCAGCCAUCGCUGGUGAGCUUUAGUUCUCCUUAAGGUUCCAAGGCAUUAGAAGUAAGAGUGUAGCUUGGAAAUCAACUUUUGUGAUUUAGGAAAGCUGUCUCUUUCCUAAGGUAAUAGGGGGUUUAUUUCAUUUAGGCCCCAAUUGGUAGGUUUUAAAAUAAUUUAUAAAGUGUUUUAAUAAUUUGGUUGUCUUUUUUACCUUGCUAAACCAAGCCUCUAAAAACUCAAAUUAUUCCCUUGAUAAAUUUUUAUAAUGGAAAAGCA